AUGCUCUACACGCUCGUCACCAUCCCGCUCAUCAACAAACUUGAAAUCAACGAAACACACCUCAAAGCGCUCCAACAAGUUUUCAGCAAAGACCGCAUCCAUCACACGCUCAAGGAUGCCGCCGUGUACGUCAAGGCGCUCGGCAUCACAAUAAUCACCACUGACAGCGACAAGGUUGACCGCAAGGACGCGCUCUUCGAUGGGUACCACGAGCCCGGCGCUUGCGGCUCGACGCGGGAGAGGGUCAAGAACAUGACUACUAUGAUAGACCAGUAA